AAUUUGUUUAUCUUUCGAAAACUUUCCCAAUUACGAUGAUGCAUAUUGCAUAGCCAUGACCAAAUUGAAAGCAUCAUAUAUUUUAAGCGCAAAAUACUCGAACCCAUCUGAAAUCACCUUCAAUAAUGGCGUUCAAGGCACAAAAUCUUCAUGUAUUGUUGUUUAAAUCUUCAAUUAUUCCAUCAGUGGCACCAUGCACUUCUUGAUAGAGGCACGCAGCUAGGGUUUUAGAGGGUUUUAGCUGGAGAUUGGUAAUUUACGACCUACGAUUCGACAUGGAUAACAACAACUUGGAGCAGACAUUGCAGGAAGGAAAGCUUUACCGAUAUGUAAAUAAUCUAAUCGUUGCUCAUCUUCGAGACAACAAUCUCACCCAGGCUGCAAGUGCAGUUGCUUCGGCUACAAUGACACCACUUAACAUUGAAACUUCUCCCAACAAGCUCCUUGAACUGGUUGCCAAGGGUCUUGCAGUGGAAAAAGAUGAAACACUGAGAGGAGGAGUACCUUCAUCUACAUUGUUUGAUUCAAACACAUCAUUACCUGCAGCAUAUGGCUCAAUACCACCUUCCCGUGCUGCUUCUGUUGAUUUCAGUGCUGCACAUGAUACAAAAGGCUCAUCAAAGAGUUUCCCAAAGCACGAAACAAGACAUGUUUCAGAACAUAAGAAUGUUGCAAGAUGUGCAAGAUUUAGUCCUGAUGGAAGGUUUCUUGCAUCGGGAAGUGCAGAUACCUCAAUUAAGUUAUUUGAGGUGGCAAAAAUCAAACAGAUGUUGCUGCCAGAGGGAAGAGAUGGUCCUGUAAGACCUGUAGUACGGACAUUUUACGACCAUCUACAACCAAUAAACGAUGUAGAUUUCCAUCCUCACAAUACUAUUUUGAUAUCCGGGGCCAAAGAUCACACAAUAAAGUUUUUUGACUUUUCCAAGACAGUUGCAAAAAGAGCAUUCAGGGUUAUCCAGGACACUCACAAUGUUCGAUCUGUAUCUUUUCAUCCUUCUGGAGAUUUUCUUCUUGCAGGGACAGAUCAUCAUGUCCCACAUUUAUAUGACAUCAAUACUUUCCAGUGUUAUCUCUCAGCAAAUGUACAAGAAAUCGGUGCCACAAGUGCAAUAAAUCAGGUGAGAUAUUCAUGUACAGGUGGCAUGUAUGUAACAGCCUCGAAAGAUGGUGCAAUUAGAAUAUGGGAUGGGGUGAAUAGUAAUGUUGUCAGGUCUAUACUUAGUGCACAUGGGUCAGCUGAGGCCACUAGUGCAAAUUUUACAAAAGAUCAAAGAUAUGUUCUUUCAUGUGGAAAGGAUUCAUCUGUGAAGCUUUGGGAAGUUGGAACAGGGAGAUUGGUGAAGCAUUAUCUUGGAGCUACACAUACACAGUUGCGAUGCCAGGCUAUUUUUAAUGAUACGGAAGAAUUUGUAUUAUGCAUUGAUGAACCUAGCAACGAGAUAGUUAUAUGGGAUGCUGUUAGUGCAGAAAAAGUGGCAAGAUGGCCUUCGAACCAUGUGGGUGCACCAAGGUGGCUCGAACACUCACCCACUGAGCCAGCAUUUGUGUCAUGUGGUACUGACCGGUCAAUAAGAUUUUGGAAGGAAACUCCUUAGUGGCUCGGUUAGUUAGUUUCACGUGAAAUGUGGGUCAAGCUUUGACCAUUUUCGUCUUUAUAUUUCAAGGAUGAUGUGAUUGUGAGUCAAUAUAGUUGAUACGAAAAAUGAAUAUUUGACACAUGAAAUUUUAAAACGAAAAAAAGGAUUGGUAUAAAUUAAUGAAAUUAAUCUUGGACAUUUAGAUUGGUU